AACCUUUUUAAACCCUUUUCAUUGACCAUAUUACCCCUCCUUUUUCACUCUAAUUCCCACAUAAAACCGACCCUUCAACAGAACCUGUUGCCCCUCGCAUCUUCUUUCUGCUCCGUUGAGAUUUCGCUCUCCACACUGUGCCGUUUUCAAUCAUCAUCACCAUCUUCUACUCCUUUCUCAAAUUCCACCAUUAAUUUCCUCUCUUUAUGGUUUGUUUGGUGAAACUAGUGGUAGCAAUUGUGAAGGUUUAACGCAUGAAGAAGUUUUUCUUUUUCAAGUCUUCUGCAUCCAGCAGUGGAAACAACAAUGGUACUUCGCCCAAGUCAGCAGAGAAGCAGAAGACAUGGGACAAUUUUUCGGAUAGUGGGGUGAACAAUCCGAGCCCCAAGGGGUUGUUCUCCAAAUCGCGAAAGCAAGUUUCUGAUAGCCAGAGUUCUUGUGGGGGUCCACACCUUAGGAGGAGCAGGUCAUUCUCCUCAUCUUCCUAUCAGUUCAACGAUCCAACUAGAUCUCCUACAAGUAGCAACAUUGCUACUGAUCCGUAUCAUCAAUUUGAGCAUUCAUCUCGUUGUCAGGCUCUUAACUUUGAGAAGCAAAGGCAGGACAAGCCACCGCAAUUGGCAGCUUCUUCUAUCCAAAACUCGAACAGAUACGAGAGACCGGGGUCUGCUAGUUCUUCAAGAUCUCAUCACGAGUCAUCUGGCAACUCUUCCACCAGCUCUAUGAUUGUGGACCGUUACAUCGUUGGAGAGCAGCAGCCAGAGGAAAAUAGACCCGGGAGCAAUUCUCAAAGAAAUAAUACCAGACAUGGAAAUCAUGGUAUGAAGCUCCCUCCAAAAAUUCAGCAUACAGCUCCAAGUUCACCAACUAAUGGAGUGAAAGACAAACCAAGAACUCGUUCAUUUAGAGAAGCUAAGGGUAGCCGUCUCCGUUCUUCAUCCCGAGACUGGACAGAAAAUGGACAUGAAUCUCCCAGGACUCUUGCAAAGAGUGUCAUUCAGAAGCUGUCUCUGUCUUGUGAUCUCUCUCAAACAAGUUCAAAGAAUUUUGAAGUGGAUAAUCCAGUCACAAUUGAAGACAUCUAUGCUAGAUCUGUAAAUGGACGCUAUGAUUCUGAUUUGGAUGAUGCUCUGCCAAAAAGUUCUUUAUUGGAUGAACCAUAUAGAAUGACAAAUGGUUUUCAUGGCAUGGAUAGUAAUGGUGAUGGUUUUAGCUGUGAUGAACCUGAAGAGGAUGCUGACGCAGAACUAAUGAGAAGAUCAAAGGAAGCUGAGGAAAGAGUUAUUCUUCUUUCAAAGAUAUUGGAGCAAGAAAACUUUUUUCCCGAUGGUGGUUGUGAUGUGUCAACACUGAUUCAGACAGUCAGAAACCUAGCAGAGGAGAGAAUAAGCUUGGCACUAGAAGUUUCAACCAAUCUUAGGUAUCAUAUUGCUGACAGAAGAUCUGCCAAGGAAGAACUGAGACAAGUAAAGACAGAACUGGAAUUUCGGAUCCGAAGAUUAGAAAAAGAAAAGAAUGAGAUGCAGUCAGCAUUGGAGAAGGAAUUGGACAGGAGGUCAAGUGACUGGUCAUUUAAACUUGAGAAGUACCAAUUGGAAGAGCAAAGGCUUCGUGAACGAGUUAGAGAACUUGCAGAGCAAAAUGUAUCACUUCAAAGGGAAGUCUCCUCCUUUAGUGAGAGGGAAGUGGAAAGGAAAAGUGUGAUGACACAUACUGACCAACAACUCAAGGGAUUGACUGAUCAGUCAGAGAAAAUGAAAAUGCAGAUUCUAGAUUUGCAGCAAAAUCUCUUAGAACUACAAGAGAAGUAUAAGAUUUCAGAAGAAAACAGGGACUGUAUUCAAAGAAAUUUUGAAGAGAAAGAGAAAGAGUGCAAAGAGUUGCAAAAGUCCCUGACAAGAUUAUUAAGAACUUGCCGUGAACAAGAGAAGACAAUUACAGGAUUACGAGAUGGGUUUGGUGAGGACCCUCAUAAGAGCCAGUCUAUGGAGAGUGUUGAUAAGCACAUUGUGAAAAUGCAAACGGAGCAAAUGAGGUUAACAGGAAUAGAAUUGGCCUUAAGAAAGGAGUUGGAAUCUUACAGGUUCGAGGCAGAUUCCCUUCGUCAUGAAAAUAUGGUUCUGUUAAACCGUUUGAAAGGUGAUGGGAAAGAAUGUGUUGCUGCUACUUAUAAACUAGAAAAAGAAUUGUGGGCCCGCAUUUGCUGCCUUCAGAAUCAAGGCCUAACAAUGCUUAAUGAAAGCACAUACUUGUGUUCAAAGUUACUUGAAUUUGUUAAAAGGAAAGGAGGCCAUUUUCGUCAAAAUGCCCAGUUUGAUCCAGAAGUGAUUGGAAAUGGUUUAGAUGGGCAAUUUAUUGUUGAAUCUGAGACUAAAAUUCAGGGACUCAAAAGUGGCACUGAGGGCUUAACAAGGAGUUUGCAGAUGAUGUCUUCUUUGUUAGAAGAAAAGUCAAAUCUAUUGACUUCCAAAUUCCAGGCAGAGUGUAUUGAUGUUGAUGAAUUAGCUAAACUAAAUGAUCAAACACCUGAGGAUUUUAUAAGAACUGAGCUUAAAACAGAAUGUUUGGUAACAAGUUUAUUAAGAGAGAAGCUAUACUCUAAAGAGCUACAAGUUGAGCAGAUGCAAGCUGAACUGGCCACAUCAGUAAGAGGAACUGACAUACUUAGGUCUGAGGUGCAAAAUGCGUUAGACAACGUUUCAAGUGUGAGCCACCAGUUGAAGGACCUUGAACUUCAGAUGAUGAAGAAAGAUGAGAGUAUAAACUGCAUUCAAAGUGAUCUGCAAGAGUCUGACAGGGAAUUGAAGAUUAUGAGGGGAAUACUGCCCAAAGUGCAAGAGGAGAGAGAUCUUAUGUGGGAGAAAGUGAAGCAAUACAGUGAACAGAAUAUGUUGUUGAACUCAGAAGUCAAUGUCUUAAAGAAGAAGAUAGAGGCGCUUGAUGAAGAUAUACUUGUGAAGGAAGGUCAAAUAACAAUCUUGAAAGACUCCAUUGGCAAAAAACCCUUUGAUCUCCUUGGGAGUCCUGAUUCUUUGCAUGAGUUUUCGCUUAGUUGAUUACUACAUAAGCAUGUUCAUUUCUCAUAGGUCUAUUUCAUUAUUCAUAGUUACUUGUUUCUGUGAAAGAGGUUUUUCUUAAAGUUUUGUUGUUGUUAAUGUUCCUCUUCAUUUUACAAUCUGCUUCACAGUUUUCUUUUUAUAAUAUAGAAAGUGUAAGAUUGGACACAGGUAAAGAAAUACAAGGUUCCAUUUGUUCCCCA